GUCACACAUAGUAUUGGUGGUCAUAGCCACAUUACUGUAGGUGAACUUCAGUUGAGUUACAGUGGAAGGAUGAUUAUACAGUUCUGUAAGUUGCCGUCUGUUUCUCACAGAAACGCAAUGGGUGGGCGGUGGCACUUUGAGUGAGGUCAUUGUCAUGUUGCAUCAGUGGUGGACUCACUGGAAUAUAGUUGUCUGGCAGCAGAAGGUGAAAUCCUAGACAGCUACCUGACAGAAGUGCACGAGAACUUACUUAUCCUCCUUUUAUCUGCCCAACCAAGAAAUAGCCAUCCUACUUUCUAUACUGAGGCCAGAUGGAGCCCAUGUCAGUAUCUCCAAAUGGGAGCACGGAGACAGUGGAGGAUGGUCAUACAGCCUCCCUAGAGGGGGCGCUGACACCCAAGGGCCUGAGGCGCAAGAGAGAGUUCAUUCCAGAGGAGAAGAAGGACGUCACCUACUGGGAGAAGCGUCGCAAGAACAACGAGGCGGCCAAGCGCUCCAGGGAGAAGAGGAGGGUAAACGAUUAUGUGCUGGAGAGCCGCCUGGCGGCCAUGAACAAAGAGAACGCCCGGUUGAACACAGAACUGCUGGCCCUCAAACUUCACUUUGGCCUGGUGAGCCCUGUGGGCUAUGCUGCCCACCAGAACAGCCUGCUACGGCUCCACCAUGCCCAUACCCACAGCCCUCAUUCUCCGCCACCCAGCAGCCCAACCCAGCACCUGGACAAGGACGUCUACUGGGGUAGGAGGCCCAGCUACAGAGACCCCUCUACUUUGCCAAAUUACCACCACCUACCCCCUGUCCUGACUGGACAACUUGCUCCUGGCAUGAUCAAUCCACAUGCUCUACCAACUAGAAGGGCCUAUCCAUACUUCUUAGAAAUUCCUGGUGUUGUCCACCCUGCAAACUCAUCCUCCCUUCUCCUGCCCCCGCUACUCCCCUCUCCCCUAUUGUCCUGGCCGGGCGUUUCCCUGCUGAGGCCCACCCCUAGGAGAGGGGGUUCAGAUGAGGAGGGGGAACAGCAGGUCCCAGCAGCCUCCUCCAGUGCUGCAUUACCGCACAAGCUGAGGCUGAAGGCCCUCAGAGCUCCUACUGUCCACAGGGAUGUCAGAGACAGGGCCUCCCCCCCGCUCCCGCUCUAUGUAUCUGACUGACUGACCACAUGGCACAGAGCAGACCAACCACAGCACUGAGAACAUGAAGGAUCCAUGCUCUUAGCGCUGUAACAUUGACACCAAAUUUACAGUAAAGGACUAUGUCCAACUUAAAACAGACAUUUGUCUUUUGAUUGAUUUUCUGAAAGUUGUUGCUUCUCAGGUUUUGCUUCUUUACUGCCCACGUUAACUGGAUUAAAUACAAUGUAAUAUACUUUACUGGAAAGCAUGCUGAACCAGCUGGACUUUGGGAUGAAGCUAUGUUUGAUAGUACUGAGGGACUCCGGGGGGGUGGAUGGAAUUGAUCUUUUUUUUUUUUUAUCGAAUUAAGUGUUUACGUUGCUGUGUGGGUAAUGUUUAGGUUUUGUUGGUUGGCUGGCUGGCUGGCUGGCAGAGCAAGAUAGCACUGUGGUUCAGUGCCUCUCUAGAGUGAGGAGCAGGGCCGUAGCUACACAUGAGGACGCCGAGCUCCAGACCGCUGUCAUUUAAAAAUAUAUAUAUAAAUAAUAAUACAUUUAAAAAAUCUGUCGGGG